GAAUUUUCUGUUGAAUUAGCCUUUGAGAAAAGGGUUCUUAUAUAACUCCUACCUACUCUUGAUCAUAAAUGUGUUUCAUCUAUGGAGUAUUAUAUAAUGUUUUGCCAAUGCUGUAUAUUUUCUAUCUCUCAUCCAACACUUCUUGUCCUAUACACAUUGCAAGAACCCAUAUCUUUCUAUUGCUCUUUCUCUGCCAUGGAGUCUUUGUUCGCAAUCUGCAUUCUACCUAUCCUCUACGUCACCGUCUACAUCUGUAAAUUGGCUUUCGAGAAGAGAAACCAGACUUGCUAUAUGCUACACUAUGAGUGCUUCAAGGCUACCGAGGACAGGAAACUCGAUGUAAGAUCCAGUGCCGAAAUCGCAAUGAGAAACAAGAAUCUGGGUCCUGAAGAAUUCAGAUUCCUGGUACGUACUAUUGUUAGUUCUGGGAUUGGAGAAGAGACUUAUGGCCCAAAAAAUGUCCUAGAGGGAAGAGAACAAUCACCUUCUCUUCUGGAUGGAUACUCGGAGCUGGAUGAAGUCAUUUUUAGUACGCUUGACAGGCUCUUUGCCAGGACAGGAGUUUCUCCUUCAGAAAUUGACAUAAUUGUCACUACUGUUUCUUUAUUCACCUCGACUCCGUCUCUAACAGCUCGGAUAAUAAACCACUACAAGAUGAGAGAGAACACAAAGGUUUACAAUCUCACCGGAAUGGGUUGCAGUGGAAGCAUAGUGGGGAUCGAUUUAGUCCAGCAAUUGUUUAAGUCCCAAAAGAAAUCGUUUGCUAUUGUCGUGAGUACCGAGUGCAUGGGCCAACGUUGGUACCGUGGGAAAGACAAGUCCAUGAUGCUUUCCAACGUUCUGUUUCGUUCUGGUGGCUGCUCAAUGCUCUUGACAAAUAAUACAGAUCUAAAGAAUAGAGCAAUCUUGAAGUUAGAUUAUCUGGUUCGUACCCAUCUAGGCUCAAGCGAUGAGGCUUAUGGUAGCUGCAUUGAAGUAGAGGAUGAGCUUGGUUACAAAGGUGUUCACCUCUCCAGAAGCCUGAAAAAGGUAGCUGCAGAAGCUAUAACCAUGAACCUCAAAGCGCUACUGCCUAAAGUGUUGCCACUGUGGGAAAUACUCCGCUAUAUAAUAGCAUAUAACUAUGGAAAUAGAGUGAUCAAAAAGCCAAAUUUAGGUAUCAAUCUGAAAACUGGAAUCAAGCACUUCUGUGUACAUACAGGUGGAAGGGCGAUUAUAGAUAAGGUAGGUGAGAGCUUAGGACUGAAUAGUUAUGAUCUUGAGCCAUCUAGAAUGGCACUCUAUCGGUUUGGAAACACAUCGUCUGCUAGCUUGUGGUAUGUGUUAGGGUACAUGGAGGCCAAGAAAAGGCUUAGGAAAGGAGAGAAGAUACUAAUGAUAAGCCUCGGAGCAGGUUUUAAGUGCAACAACUGUGUUUGGGAGGUUAUGAGAAACUUGGGGGAUACCAAUAUCUGGAAAGGCUGCAUUGAUCGUUACCCUCCAAAUAUCCAUGUGAACCCUUUUAUGGAGAAGUUAAGUUGGGUUACAGACGAAUGUCCGGACUUUGCCAGACUUGGAUAGAAGCUAUAUAUGCCUGUAUGUGCGUGUGUAAUGAAUGCUUUUGCGGUAAGAAGCAAAGUUUAAUCAUAAUAUGUAUGUUGCACUUUGGUUCAGGAAUAAUUCUGAAGUUUCCUUGAUUGGAUUGGAACGCUAAAAUAAUAUUGGGAAUGAUUGUUUUCUCAAAAACUUAUAAUAAAUUUUCUGUAUCUUGUACCAUAUUAAACUGAGUUUAUACAUAGCAUCUUCAUUUUAUUUAA